CCGCUUCCCAAAACGCCGCUCUACACUGAUAGUUUAUUUUUCCGGGAAAAUGGUGGUGUAGAUGAUCAUUCUCUUUUGUUAUGGUCUUUAAUCCUGUAUUUUGAAUAGUCUGAUCACACCAAUUACCUAUCUUCAGCAUUCGGUAAUUUUUCCAUAACCUUUUGGAAUCAUUUUUUGUAAUUGACUAUCCACUACAAAGUUGCUUUCCAUGGCCGGGGUAAUGGAAACAGAAGAGCAGGCGAAGACCCGCUUCCAGUCGGAGCUCGAGUUCGUCCAGUGUCUCGCCAAUCCCAAUUACCUCAACUUUUUAGCACAGCGGGGAUACCUGCGAGAGAAGCCAUUUGUGAACUACCUUAAGUAUCUCCUGUACUGGAAGGACCCUGAAUACGCCAAGUACCUGAAGUACCCCCAGAGUCUGCACAUGUUGGAAUUGCUGCAAUACGAACACUUCCGCAAGGAGCUGGUGAACGCUCAGUGUGCCAAAUUCAUAGACGAGCAGCAGCUCCUGCACUGGCAGCAUUACUCACGCAAGCGCAUGCGGCUGCAGCAGGCCUUGGCGGAGCAGCAGCAGCAGCAGCAGCACAGUGGCACCGCCUCCAAGUGAAAGACCACGCCCCUUUAGGGUGGGAGGAAAGAAGCCUUGAAACAUGUGGUGGGUGGGGCCCUGUGAUGCCAACCACACAGGGUUAAGCCAAUGCAAGCUGACAUGUGACCAGCAGGGGUGGGAUAAAGCAGUCUGACUGAUUUACAUUGGAGGGUAAUCCUCCCUCUUUCCCAUUUUUCCGAUUUUUUUUUUUCCCCCCAAUGUGUGGAGAGGAAAGAGUGAAGAACCGGAGGGAGCAUGGAGGUUAAGGACAGACAGAUCCUCUUAUAAUUUGUUUGAAAGUUAAAUUGCCUGUUUUGUUGUUUUUCAAUUUCUCUGUAAAAUAAAAAUGUGUAGUUUCUGUCCA